AUGACCCUUGUGAAUCUCAAUCAGAACCAAGGAGAGUCAUUAAUAGAUUUUGUGGCUAGAUUUAAUAUGGAGGCAUUGAGCAAUGAGAAUCUUGAUCAGAGUAUUGCCAUGGUGGCCUUUCAGAAUGCCUUGAGGGUUGGUCCUUUUACCCAAUCACUGGCUAAGAGGCCUCCCCAGACGUUCACGGAGAUCCUAAGCCGAGCCACCAAGUACAUUAAUGCCGAGGAGGUAAUGCGGGCCAAGAGAAUUGAAUACUCGAAUAAGAAAGAGAAGAAAAGUCAGAAUAUGGAGCAGAAGCUGGAAGAUAAACCAGGUCUUCGGGGGGAAAGGUCGGGCCCCCGAUGGAGUCCAGUCAGGUUCACCCUGCUUAAUACUCCUCGGGCAGAGAUCCUAGCUACAAUUGAGAAUAAGGAUUACUUGAAAAAAUCGAGACCUAUGAAGGCCCCGGCUAACAAAAGAAGUAAAUACAAGUAUUGUCAAUUCCAUCGAGAUCAUGGACAUGACACGGAGGAGUGCCAUCAGCUGAAAAAUGAGAUUCAGGAGCUCAUCAAUCGGGGUUUCCUAAGGAGAUUCAUGGCUAAGGAUACUGAGCCACAAAGGGGUGAACGUCGGAGAUCAAGGAGCCCUCCCCGUAAAUGUGGUAAGGAGUCGGGAGAAAGUUCUGAUCUGUAUCGACACGUUGGAGUCAAGAGGGCUCGACUAGGGGACAUUAUCUCCUUUACAGACGACGACUUGCCCGGGUAUCUGAUUUCUAAUGAUCCACUGGUCAUCACAGCGAAGUUGGGAAGAUGGGAGCUUUGGCGGAUCCUCGUGGACCCGGGGAGCUCCUCCGAGGUUUUAUAUCGACAGGCCUUCUUGGGCAUGGGAUACAAGAUGGAACAGUUGAAGCCAGCUCAGGUCCCUUUAAUUGGAUUCGACGGGGAAGUGGUAUAUGCAGACAGUAUGUUUCAGCUCUUGUUAACUCUGGGAGAGGGUUCUCGGUCUGCCCAGGUCAUGUUAGACAUUUUGGUAGCAGAGGUCCCCUCGGCCUAUAAUAUGAUCUUGGGGAGAUCGGGGUUAAAUGCUCUAUGGGCCGUGCCGAGCACUUACCACAUGGUGCUUAAGUUCACUACUACUGCGGGGAUUGGCGAAGUCAGAGGAGACCCAAAGUCCGCCUGGGAGUGCUACAUGGCAUCCAUCAACAUUGCUAGGGGUAUCGUGCAGGAGCGGUCAGGGGUUUACCCCAAGGAAUUUGGAGCUGAGUAUUUUUCCCAAUAA